UUGUAUGUCGCCUAGUUCGUCCACAGUGCUGAUAAGUUUGUGGCGUUAAGCAUUCUGCCAGAGUGAAGUGUGUUCUGUGAAGAUGGAAGCUGUGCUCUGUGUGGUUCUGUUGGCUGCUCUGGUCAUCGUCCAAGGACAAGUGCCAGCGCUCUGGCGAUGUCCAGAUGUACCCGUGCAGGGUAACUUUAGUCUGACCUCGUACCUAGGAACCUGGUAUGAAGACGAGCGAUUCUUCGCGGUGUACGAGAUCGGGGCAGAGUGUGCCCAGGCCAACUACUCGAUGAAGGCUAACGGACAUGUGAGGGUGCUGAACAGCGGGACCGGGAGAUCAAUCGAAGGCGAUGCAUAUGCCCCUGACCCAUCGGAGCCAGCCAAGCUUCUUGUGAAGUUCUUCUGGUGGCAGCGCCCCGGCAACUACUGGGUGGUGGAGACCGACUACUCCAACUACAGCGUCGUCUACUCCUGCAUCGACCUUUACUUCAUGCACCUCGAUACCGCGUGGUUGUUGACCCGAACUCGUGACGGAGUACCCGACGACAUGAAAAACGACAUCUACGGUCGCCUGACAGCAUACGGUAUCAAUACCAGGAAUUUCAAGAAGACGAAACAAACUGGAUGUUAAUUGGUCUCGCUUAAACAAUAGUUCCUCUUGAUGUAAGACCAUCAUCAAACAGCUCGAGGUGCAGAAGCUGGAUCACAUUCCAAACAGGCACAGUACAGCUUUCUAAGGAGUCCAACAUAUGAUAGACAUUUAUCACUUUUCAAAACCAAACAGUAACAAAAAACAACAUUCCUUUACAUGUUUCUAAUGCAAGUGAUCUGAUAUUUUUGCAUAUUGUAUUCGAAGAUGAAAUACUUAUUGUAUGUGAAUAAAUAAAUAAGUUUCUGAUUGAACUACUUUCA